AUGGAGCCCUGCAGUUUAGAAUCACUUGAACCUACGGACUUUACGAACGAGCCAACUCUUACCAUUGAUGUUGUGAAUGAUGCUUACUUCCUAUUCAAAGAUGAAGAUGCUUCCAAUUUGAGAAACAAGUAUAGAAUGAUUUUUGAGUCAACCACUUCAUCUCAUUCUGAAGAUUCACUGCCGUCUCCGCCUUUCAAAUUAUUGGACGAACAAGUAUUCGUUCUGUUGCAAUAUGGAUGUGCGGUAGUAAGGCGGUUAAAGGACGAUAACUCUUUUGAGCCCGAAAUUUUCAGGCCUCCCGAGUUGAAAAAACAGACUUCUGAGGAAGAGUACGAAAAAGCUAGAAGAAUUGCUAUUGGUAGAAAAGCAAAAGAAUCAAAACGGAAAUUGAUCAGUAGCGGAAACGCAAAGACUUUCAAAGUCAGAGCAAAAGAUAUGGAUGGUAUAGAAGUGACUAGAGAAGAAGUUGAAGACGCUCUCAACGUUUUACAAUCAUCCACCGUUGUUGAUGAGAGAAUAACACUGUCUUACUGUCCCGAGUCGAUGGAUAACUAUGAAACGCUAGAUCUCUUCUCUUUACCAGUUCCCAGCACAUCUGAGUUCAGAUUAAAGCGAUUGGUUUUUCAUGAUCUCUGGAGACGAGGUUUCUAUAUUACCGCAGGGUUACGUUUCGGAUGUGAUUACCUAGCCUAUGAGGGAUUACCCGGCGAAGUACAUGCAAAGUAUUUGGUGAAGUGUCUUCCUAGUGAUGAAGACUUGUCCCCGCUGGAGCUAAUCAGUCUCACACGUGUAGCAACUCAAGUGAAGAAGGCAGUUCUUCUUGCAAUAGUUGCUGAUGAUAAUCAUACACCACAUUACAUGACUCUACAAUGGUGGAAAGCUUUCUAA